AUGCAGCACCGAAAUAAUUCCUAUAUCUGGUCACGUCGAGGCAUACACUCAGUCGAUAGUACUCAAGAAAAAACUCGAAAGUAUCUCAUCCGAUCAGCGCCGUUGAUUCGACGAGAACAAAGCAGCGGAGAUCAGCACAGUAGAAUCGAGCGCACGGCGAGUGCAGCGAGAAUGCCAGAAUAUGAUCCAGCGCCAGAAUCAAUAAUGAAGAAAAGAGGAAUAACCAUCGUUUAG